AAGGCUAACUUUUUUUAAAAUGAUGUGAUUUUGACCCAGUUUCUUUGCCAAAUUCCUGAUUGCACUUGUUUUAACCAAUUUGAAAUCAAUUUUUUAGAAUUAUCAUUAGGAUCUGUAAACAGAACCCUGCUCAGCCAAGAUGUAGUAAGUGGCGUAAACCUUGAAGGAACAGCCAGAACCUAUCAACAACUACCCUACACACUCUGUAUUUCACCAAUAUAUACUUUUUAUUCUAUUUUUUUAUCGGAUAUAUUUUUUUCAGAUAACCAUGGAAAUAUUCAUUCAGUUGCGUGGUAAGAUCGACAACCUUGCAUAUCAUGUCAUAUACCAAUGUCCAAAGGGGAGAGAUGAAUCGAAGACAAAGCUUGUGAAGAACAAACUAAACUACAUUGUUGGCAGUUUUGUUCAAGUGCACCAGGCACUGAAGAUAAAUGGUCAGUUAGAUUUGUGUCAAUCCCCCAAUAAAGAGUUUGUCAAUGACACUGCAGAUGUGCUUUGUCUCUUGGAAAAUCACCAAUUAGAUUGUCCUCUGUGCACCGUGUCAUUCCAAGACUGGAACUCAAGUAUCAGCACCUGCUAUGAUUACUUAGAACAGAUUCCAGAUAUUAUCAGAAAUAUGUUCUAUAUCCCAAACACAGCAAAACCCUGGUCGCCCUUUGCUCCGACACCCAGGCGUGCCUUAGCAGUUCGGCGGAAUCUCCUCGCUAAUAAACCAAAGGAGUUGAAGAGAGAACAAAAGACAGAGAAUGGAGAAAGAGAGGCUGAAGAGGCUAUCAACAAAGGACGAGAGGCUGUUUAUGAGACAAUUAAAGAUGAUUCUGUGCAAGAAAAAGAGCUCCAGUACCUGAGCAGCCCCUUGAAGAAGUUUAAAGUAAACCUUCAGUCAACCGACGACAACUCUUCUAGGAAGAAAGGGGGCAGUCGGGAAAUCUUGGUUCAGGAAUUGAUUAAGAAUGUUGGCACCCUUGGACAUCUUACAUGUCUUCUGUGUGAGCACACUUUUGUUUCCCGAAGAAACAUUUACAGACAUUACCGACUGCCUACUUCCUGUACAAAGUACAUGAUGAAGAAGGUUAAGCAUAACAGAGGCAGACGAAGAAAGCUAGACAAGGCUAGCAACAGAAAAAGAGAUGUAAAGGAGGCUAGCAACAGAGGAAGAGAGGACAUGUAAACAGAACCCUACUCAGCUCUGUUGUCUGAAGUGGCGUAAACCUGUAAACAGAACCAAACUCAGCUCUGUGGUCUGAAGUGGCGUAAACCUGAAAGGAACAGCCAGAACCUAUCAACAACUACCCUACACACUCUGUAUUUCACCAAUAUAUAUACUUUUUAUUUUAUUUCUUUAUCGGAUAUAUUUUUUCAGAUUUUA